UUGUACCUCCUCUUUCAUCCAAACCAUCUCUUUUUUUCAACCAAAAAGCUUUGCCAAAAACCCCAUAAUCUCAAAACAGCUUUCGCAACUUUUGUUUUUUUAAUAUAUGCAAAGCAAAACUAUAAUCAUUUGAAGAUAACCCUUAUAUCAAUAACAUACUCAUUCUUUUUCUCUCUUCUUUUUCUUCUCUCUCCUCUCUCUUCAACAUUUUCCAUUUGUUUUGAUCUGAUAUCAAUCCAAAUUUUUCCCACACAGCUCCAACUCUGGUCAUGGUGUUUUUCGAUACAUAGAAACCGCAAAGAGAGACGUAUAACCUUGUCGUUUGUACUCCUGGCGGCGUCGGCGCAGAACAAGUGCACUACUUUAGUGUGGUCUUGCUAUGUACCAUCAAAAGGGUAUCACAACAAAGGUGAAGAAAACAGCAAAAACGACGACAACAACGACAACAGCAACAGUAUUAUUAGUGACAAGAAGCAAUCCGUGGCAGAAAAGAAAGAUGGGGUCAAGGAAGAAGUUGAUAAUAAUGAAGCAAGAGGUUGUGAUAGUAGUAGUAGUAACAAUGGUGGAAGAAACAGUAGAAGUAGUGGGUCUAAUGGGCCUCACAUUGAGCACUCUAAUCUCAAGAGUAAUCUCAAGAAAGCAGUAGUGGAGGAAAAUAAUCAAUUAAGGACAGAAAGGAGGAAAGUUAGUUGGCCUGAUGCUCAUGGUAAAGAUAUUGCUCAUGUUCAAGAAUUUGAACCAAGUGUGUCUGAAGAUGGAGAACUUGAAGGAGUAAGGAAUUCUUGUGUUUGUGUAAUUCAAUGAGGAUGGUUAAAAGGUAUGAUACCCACUUAAAUUCUUCUCAGAGAAUUUCAAGUUCUUUUAAGAUUUUGUACUUUCUUAGAACUUUAAGUAAAACAUGUUCAUUUUAAUGAGUAGUAUUUCAUUACUCUAAAUGUAGAUUAUUUCAAAAUAUGUAAAAGCAAUGGAAGAUCAAGUAAAUGAAUUGAAUGGAUCAUCAGAAUAUCAAUAUAAAAAGUUAUCUAAUGAUAUUAUGUCCUUGACAGUCAAUCCAGACACUUCAUUGUAUUCAGGGCAUUUAUUAUUCUUGAAUAACCAUUUAAUGUUAUACACAUACAUAAAAUAUGCAUUUAUACAUAUAUAUAUAUAUAUAUAUGCUUGUAUGUUUGCAUAAUGCUUCAUAUGGUACAUGCAGAGGAACAUUUGCUAAUAUGUGUCAGUGUUUUGGCCUGGGAAAUGCUCCAAACUAUUGAAGUUACACUGACCAUAUUUAGUAAUCAAGAAGAUCAAUAACUCAUGAAAUAAUAAAGAUGCAAUCUGUAGUGAAACAGCAUAGUUAUAGAUGCAACUUAAAGUGACUACUUUUGUACCUUUGGAGGAGCCGAGUUAGCAAUAGUCACUGGUGAUAAUCUCUAAUUCUUG